UCUGGAAUAAUCACCCCAACUUAUUUUGCGAACUAGAAAUCUCCACUGGUAAUUUUUUUUCGACCAGUUUAUAAAACAGUAAGAUAUAAGAACAUGUGCAAGUCGUUUUGAGAUAUGUGUGUCCUACCAAGAGUCGAAAUACAAGCCUUUCAAAGACAGUCAUAAACUUAGGAACUUAGAAGUACUGUGAAUUUAUUGCAUUGAAGAAAUUUUAUAAUUGGAUAUACAGAAAAUGGCUUUCAAUAAAGGAAACUAUGUCUUCUUUUUGGUUGUGAUGCUAAUUUCAUUUUCGAAAGGACAGGACCAAGUAACGGACAACAGUCUGAUUCCUAAUAUGCCAUCAUUUCCAGGCGAUCCACCGCCGGCGGGGGAUCCUUUUGACGUACCUUUGGUUGCCACAAACACUAAUGAACAAGUUUCACUGGGUGCUUUGGGAGAUACGCCAACCAUCGACUCAGUUGCUGAUCCAGUUUCUCAACCGAUAGCUUCAGAUGUUCCUGAUGUUGUAACCAAUGAACCGAUAACCAUGACGGAGAAUGUUGAGACGUUAACAGAUCUUCCUCCUGUUGAUAGGGGCACGAGGUUGAACCCUAGAACAGGUGAAAUCGUAACCGACCCCCCGGAUGUUACUGACACUAAUUUAAUAUCUGGACCGGACGUCAUAUCUGUAGGAGAUGGCAGCAUUCCUAGCAACCUUGCUGUAGACCCAACUGUUCCUGUUACAACAGUGGAUUCUAAUUUUGACCUUAACGGCACGUUUGAUGGAAGAAACGAUAUGCUUUUACUCACUGGUACAAAACCAACAAACGAUACAUUGAUCGUUGGUUCUGAAAUACCUCCAUCUGUAGAAAAUAUUGGUAAUAUCUCUCUUGCAGAGAUAGCAACAGGUCUCUCUACACAAGUUCCUGAUGUAACAGACACUGUAUCUGAUGUAAUAGACACUGAAACUGAACUCAAAACCUCAGUGGGAGGUGAAGUGACUCAAAAUGCUAUCGGUUUAGACAACAUGAAUACAAUUGACAGCAUUAGUACAAACAUUAAUGUUCAAAAUCCAGAAAUAAGCAUCAGUACUACCAUGGGCGAUCAAACUUCUGUUGAUCAAGGGAUACCCUCCGAUUUAUUAAACACACCAAAUGUAACCGAUUUUCCAAAUUUACCUGAAGCCACUGACAGAAUUGUCGAAACUCCGUUGAUAGCAACUAGUACCGAGACCUCAAAAAGCACGGUGGACUUGAGGUCUGAAUACGAACGGAUAACAGAGGAAUACGAAUCUUUUCUAGAAGAAAAUCCAAACACAACUUUCCCCGCCCCUUCAGCCCCACCUCCCCGAAAAGAAUUCCCUUCGGCCCUUCCCCCAAUAGAGAACACACCUGUUAUUCCCCCAGCACCUAUCCCUCCUGUCCCUUCUUCUAGUCAAGACCUACAACCCAUAGUUACUCAAGAAAUGGUUUCCACAGUCCCAUCUGCUAUUGAAGACACACGAUUUGUAGUUCCUAGAGAACCCGUCCCUCCAGCCCUACCUCCCAGAGAAGAUUCUCUUCCAGGACAGACCCCUCCAUCCGAAAUUGAGACAUCAUUUACAACACAACCCAUCGUACUUACAACAAGACCGACGACUAGUGGCAUGGAAAUAUCAGUUCAACCUGAUAUUUCUGUAGCAGGAACAGAUACUUUGACAGAGGCACGAUCUAUCCAAGUUUCUUCCACCAUGUCUCCUGAAGCAUCCACACGAAGGGCAUUAAUCACUCGCAAUAGGAUGAGAGGGAUUCCCGAUUUACCAAUUCCUCCUCCCCCUCCAUCAGACGUUUUUAAAACAGACUUUGGUGAAAAUAUAAACCAAAAAUCUAAGAGUUUCAAAUACGAACCAGUCAUUCCAGAAAGAGAUGUCACAGGAAGAAGCGACGUAAUAGGUAUACAAACUAUUUCUGACAGAAAUACUCCUAAAAACAACGCAUAUCCCUUUGUAAUUGACCAACAAAGAAAUCGCCCAAGAGAAACUGGCACAAGACAAAGAGAUCGUGGCAUGUCACUCAUUCAAUAUCAAUUUAAUAAUAGAAAUACACAAAGAGCUGGUAGGCGAUCUGGAGAACGAGACAAUAGAACUGGAAACAGAGCAACAAAUCAACGUCAAAAUCAAAAUUCAUACAGCCUGCAGGCUCUCUUUGACAAGGAUAAGAAAUUUAUUGCAAGAUUUGACCAGCCAGGUAUGCCAUUUUAUCAGGGAACUUCCGGAAGACAACCCGACAACGCAUUCUUUUAUUCUCAACCAAGCAAUUCAAAACCAUUUUACGAAGUUCAGGAUUCUGCAAAUACCAGAGUAUUUUCAGACUCUAAGGACACGAUGCCGCCGAUUGUUGUAAGAGAAUAUGACCCUAGGUCCAGUCGUCAAAAAACGGAAACAAGAAUACAGAGCACUUCUAGACCUGUCGCUGCACGCUUUAAUCCCAGAAAUGUUCGAGAUCCGCAGGCUUCCAGAACUAAUGCACCAUCUUUUAAAAACCGAAGGGACAAUAGUUAUGAAAUGUGGUAUCAAAUAAUGGGAGAUGAAUGGGAAAAAAAUCCAAAUAGAUAUAGACAACCCGAGGUAAAUUCAUCUCCUAAUCGAAGAGACAUGGGAGGAAGAGUUCUGAAUACCUUUUGGUCUGGUUCAAGUUUCGAUGGCAGGAGUGGAAGAAUGCGAACGGAAAACAAUAAAAGAAUUUCCAGCAUAAACAAACCUUCCAGAAAAGAAGGAGGAAAUCCUACAGCAGGAUCACAAAUAUCAAAUCGGAGAGAUAAUUCUCUCCCCUUUGACCCCCAGAUUCAAAGAUCUCGAUCGAGUAACAGCAUGUCUACAAAACAGUCACAAAGACCAAAUCAAAAAGCUAAUUCUUUUGUUUUUGAACCACAGCUUCAAAGAUUCCAGUCUUCUGGCCCUCAUAGGAUGAAAAUUAAAGAAUAUACAAUAACUAGGGAUCCUAACAUUGUAAGUACUACGGAGGCGCGAUUAAAUCUUCGUGUUCCAACACUAUCAAGGCCACUUGAACCAGAAGAAAGGUCAAAUUCAUUAUUUUCCCAAAACAAUCCCCCACCGAUAAAUAUUGGUAAUGAUAUUUCUGAAUUAGAGUUCCAAACUUUUAUAACAACUACUGAAAGACCAACAACACUACCACAACCUUCAGUUGUUUCUGGUUUUAGAAACCGACAACGCUCAGUAGCAACUACAGGGACCAGAAACAAGAAUCUAAGCAGAAACAGGGCGUCUAAUGACAAUCUUCUACCACCACCACCAAUAAUUUCAAGACAAAGAAAGUUUAAUCCGCCUAUAGAAAGUGUUUCUCCUAUGAACCCCCUUGACAACCAAGUGAAUGAAUUUAGGACGGCAACCAUAGUCCCAUCGAUACAAAGUGAAAGAGAUAUCCCUCUUGUUAAGUCAAUACCGAAUGCUGUACCAUACGUACCAGAAAUGCAAACACAGAGAAAAAGAGACAGAAGACUCUCUGCUUUACCACGACCUCCAGCAAUAGUUGUCGGUUCUUCUUCGGGAGGAGAUUUGACUGGAGCGGGCAACGACCAAAAUCCACCGUCCAUUCGAAACGCACAACCAUUGCAGCAAUCUACACCCUAUAGCUUUACACAAGUACCAGAACUGACACCUGUGCCUCCUUUGUUUUCUGUCAACAGGACAUUAGUCAUGAAGCUCCAGAAUGAUUCGGUUACUAAGGAAGAACUUCAUCCAAGUGUUUGCCAUCAAUGCCACUAUGUCAGUGACGUAUGUUAUUUGAGUGAAGCUGGAAUUUGUAACAGAUUUGUCGAAUGUCACAAAAAUGGUGAUCAAGUGAGAGCGUUUGAAAAAGAAUGUGCGAUUGGAAACUUCUGGAACCCAGAAACACUUGCCUGUCAGAAAUCCCUUUAUGUCAAUUGUCCUUCUGACCCCUGCAAGAAUCCAGCCGUGAAGACUCAUCCAUUCUUGGGACGAUGUCGAUAUUUUUGGAAAUGUAAUCGGGGGAUGUCAGAGUUUGAGUUAUGUAGUCCAAAUUAUAGAUAUGAUGGGGUAACAGAAACCUGUGUUCCAGACUUAACUUGCAAAGAUAAUGACCUACCCAAUGAAUUAGCUCCACAACAAGAGAAGAAACCAGAGAAGUGCAUUUGGACAGCUGUAGAUGGUACUUUAACCUCAUUUACCGACGGAUUUAGACAACAAAAAUGUGCGCCUGGAACUCGCUUUGAUGAAGUUCAAUGCACUUGUGUUAUCAGCAACCUGAAACCGGAAGGAGAAGUGUGUAAUCCUGAUACGUUGAUUGACUUUGAGGGAGGUGAACCAGCAGCAUUUACCGACAAGUCCGGUCAUAUGAAUGGAAUCGGCAAGAAUGGUGUUAUUUUAAAAGAUGGCACUGGUUUCUUCUUUGGACGAGGAAAACUGUCUUUUUGGCGUUAUGCAAAUGUGGAACUCGGACCCUUACUUGCUAUUCAAAUUCGCUUUUUCCCUUAUGGACACGCUAAAAAUCCUAUGGGACUUGUAUCCAACUGUAAUGGUUCUCCAAUAGGAUCUACUGUUGAUAUUCGGCUCGAUACAAGAACACAGAAAGCGGCCUUUAAAUUAAGUACCAACCAACAACUAAAUAACGUCAUCACUCUGCCUUAUGAGCCUUUUAAAUGGAAUACAGCUACUUAUGUCUAUGCAGGAGACACUUUUACUGCUAGCAUUAAUGAUAAAAAAGAGACCAUACCAGUAGAAGGUUCGAUUCCUAAUAGACAUCCCGCUAUUCAAGUUGGAGGUUGUAAUAGAGAGGAUGGAUUCAGGGGUUAUGCUGAUGAUAUCAAAAUUUACAAUGGAUGUAUCCCAGAAGAAUUUGAGUACAUAAUCUUCACAUGAUGACCAGUGGUACCUCCAAUAAGAAAUCCAUCUAGCAGUCGGUAAAUCCCUAUAUACAAGACAUUAAACUUUGGUACCUUCAUAUCCAUAUACAGCAAUGAACAUCGUGACAAUUUAACACAUUCCCUCGUGUUAUGACUUGUCAUAUCUGACGGCGGUGAAUAUUUAUGGCACUGGGAAUUAACCGAAGAUUUUGAGACACGCCUAAGGAAGAUCUUCUGAAUAUAAAUGAGACCAAUUGAGAAACUCACAGAAAAGUGAAUACGUGGUAAGGCGUAAUGUGGAACGGACUUGGUGCAGCGGCGCACUGAAAUGACACUAGUGUACAUUGGUUAUGUUGUGUCAAGACCUGUAAAACACAUAGCAUAUCUCAUGUUAUUAUUCAUAAUUUAUUGUCCAUAAUUUUUGAAAUAUUCCAAUUAUACGAAAACCUCAUGAAUGUUUUAUAGUGUUAUUUUUGUCACAAUUUUAUUUGUAGUAGUAACUGUGUCAAACACAUGGUUUCCUUGAAUUCUCAUCCGUUGAUAUGUUACAUGACAUCUACAAAAAUGUAAUGUUUUAUUUAUAACUUAUUUAUUAAUUAUAUAUCUUAGUUCUAUGACAGCCUUAUAUAUAUGUACAUACCAUGUAUGAGUGACGGAGUUAAUUUCAAAUUGAUGGUGGCUGUAAUUGAUAUCUCUGUGUUCGAUUUCCUUAGAAAACAUGUAUAUUUUGUUUGUUA